AUGAUCCCGAACCAGAGUACCACCAGGGUUGGUGGGAAAUGUGGCCAGACCGUCUGGAAGAUGUGUACUCAAGGAGAUUUCUUUGUUGAUCGAGGUGAUCGAUUGAGCCUCGGCGGUAACGCAGAAGGCAAAGAGACCCAGAUUUGCCCUCCUCCCUUAUCGGGGCUUUUCAUCGAUGCAUCCACUCGCAACUCGCCAAUCUUGGAUGGCUUCCAGGAGCAGGAGGAGGCGCGCGAGGCGGGGCGGAGCGGAGCGGGGCUGGUCCGGAACGCCUCCUUUCCUUCUCAUUGGCUGCGGGGAAGCCGGGGAGCAGCGGAUUGGCUGGAGGCUCCCCUUUUAGGGGCGGCCCGCCUUCUUCAGACACGCUCCGCCUCAUUUCGGCUUCGGAAGGUGGCGUGGGGGGAGUGCUGUCGUUCUCCCGUUGCUGCUGCGGUCGCCGGCGGGGCGUGUGUUGAGGAGAUGGGGCUGCUGCCGCCGCCGCCCGGCUCGCGGUUCUUCCCGGCCGCCCCGCUGGCCCUCCUCGCGCUGCUCCUGCUCUGCUCCCGGCCGCCCGCCGUGGCUCCGGGGCCCCCGCGGGGCAGGAGCCGCGCCCCGGGGCCCCCCAUCGUGCUGGUGCCAGGAGAUUUGGGAAACCAGCUAGAAGCCAAGUUGGACAAACCAUCUGUGGUGCACUAUCUCUGCUCUAAGAAGACAGAAAGUUACUUUACGUUGUGGCUGAAUUUAGAAUUGUUGCUUCCAGUUAUCAUUGACUGCUGGAUAGAUAAUAUCAGGCUAGUGUACAAUCGAACUAGUGGAUCUACUGGUCCCCCGGACGGGGUUGAUAUCAAAGUCCCUGGAUUUGGGCAGACCUUUUCAUUGGAAUUCCUUGAUCCUAGUAAAAGAAGUGUUGGCACGUACUUCUACACGCUGGUGCAGAAACUGGUAGACUUGGGCUAUCAGCGAGAUGAAAAUAUUAGAGGUGCACCCUAUGACUGGCGGAAGGCACCAAAUGAGAACGGAGACUAUUUUGUGGCUCUCCAGAAGCUGAUCGAGAUCAUGUAUGAAGAGUAUGGCGAACCGGUGGUCUUAAUCGCCCACAGCAUGGGGAAUAUGUAUUGUCUGUAUUUCCUCAGCCGUCAGCCACAGGAGUGGAAAGACAGAUAUAUCAGGGACUUUGUGUCCUUAGGAGCUCCUUGGGGAGGCGUAGCUAAAGCUUUCCGAGUGCUGGCAUCAGGUGACAACAACCGGAUUCCCGUUAUCAGCUCCUUUAAGAUCAGGGACCAGCAAAGAUCUGCGGUUUCCACCAGCUGGUUGCUGCCCUACAAUUACUCAUGGUCUCCAGAUAAGAUCUUUGUCAGCACCCCAGCUGCAAACUACACCAUUCGGGAUUUCCAGAAGUUCUAUGUGGACAUUGGUUUUGAGAAUGGCUGGCUCAUGAGAAAAGAUACCGAAGCUUUGGUUUACAGCAUGACUCCCCCAGGGGUGCGCACACACUGUCUUUAUGGCACCGGGAUAAAUACCCCAGACUCAUUUUUCUACGACCGGCUGCCAGACAAGGAGCCCACGAUCUUCUACGGGAACGGGGAUGGAACAGUGAACUUAGAAAGUGCCUUGCAGUGCCAGAAGUGGGUGGGUCAGCAGAAACAAGAGGUGAUUCUUUAUGAGCUUCCAGGAAGUGAGCAUAUUGAAAUGCUGUAUCAUAGCCUAACCUUAUCCUACGUUGAAAAGGUUCUUUUUGGCUCAUGAUGCAGUACAGCUCAACCCUUUCCUCCAAGAUGUCUGAACGUUUUUUCAACUGGGGAAACAACAAGGGAUGUUUUGGACUUCUAUUUUUAAAGCUUUUUGGGGGGGGGGGGCUUACUGAGCCUUCUUGGAAAUCUGCUUUUAUGUCAGUUAACGGUUACUUGUUUCCUAGAGUAACAUUUGUAACAUGCCUGACCAAAUGCACAUUAGCUGCAUUUUGGCAUCUCUAGUGCCAUGUCCCAGUGUCCAUCUGUAUGAAGGCUGUUCCGUGCUUAUUCUCUGGGAUGUGGAGAAUAUUUCUUUUUCCGUAUUUAUUGAGCUAUAACAUUAAGGAGGAAUGUUACUCUCCAAAGGAUCACAAUUGCUGGAUUGUUGUCACCAAUAUGAACCUGGGAAUUGUGAAACCUUGGCAACAGGUAUUAACAUAGACAGGCAUGGAUUUAUCCUAGCUUGGCCUCGCCAGGCAGAUGUGAAUUGUUCUUGAAAAUAAUGCAGGAGCUUGGAAUUCCUUGCAAGACUUUCUAAAGUAAGAUGAACCUAUUAAUUUGGUUCCUACUUGACGAGAUGCGGGCUAAAGGCUAAUGAGAGAGCUCUUUAUUAAUACACAUUAGCAUUGUUAAGGUGGUGAUCAAGAUCAUUUACAGCUAUUUCAAUUCUUGACUGUUUCAAUAUUGUCGAAGGCCAAUGCUGAGAUAGGCCCUAUUUUAGCCAGAUGCCUUCCACCUGAGAUCUGAAGCGAUCUUCCAACAACCCAUUAUUUUUUGAAGCAAGAUACUAAUCCCACUAUUUUUGCUAUUGCAGAUACUGCAAUUUGGAUGUUGCUGAAUUGGUUUCUGUAAUAUCUUUCCCCAAAUCCAGACAUGCACCAGAUACAGUAUUGAUAUCUCUUUCUUCUGGUAUUGGGGUCUGUUUCUCCUGGUGGUGUCAGUCCUUCUACCCUAUUCCUUUGAUUCUCUCUAGGGGAGAUCAAGUCUUCUUUCAUAAAGCUAAAAAAAUAGGACAUAAUUCAGAUCUGCAAUGAGCACCCAUAAUUGUGAGAAACCCCUUGAGGAAACGACAGCUAGAAUUCCCUGUAAUUAGAGAAGACUAAUGAUUCAGGACUUGGCCCUUGGUAUUUGUAGCCACCCACGUCAGAGCCUCUAGUCAUCUGUUCAAUAACAAUCCAGUAAUAAAAUAACUUGAGCCUCUUUAAAUGAAUGCGGCCCAGUACUGGUUUCAGGUUGCUUUGCACUUCUCCGUAUAGAGUUCCUAUUUGUUCAACAUGGUUGCUAACUUUCGAAUGGUAAAAUGUUAAGCCUGGAUGUUUUUCAGUCAGUGAUUUCAUAGAGUGCUUUGAAUGCGAAACCUUGAAAUUUGUGCCAAACCUCCUGGCUGGAAUAUCAGACUAAUCUGGAAGUUUCAACACUGCGAUUUCAAGCCUGCCCUUCUCUGACCAGAACGUGGCCGCUUGAGGACUCCUUGAGCAAAUGCAUUGUUCCUGGUUCUAAGGCCUUGGUCUGUGUGCCUCAGAAAACACAUACAUGGAAUCUGCACAAAAGAGCUCGCAGGCUGCUCUGU